UCAGAAUUUGAAUAGCAGUCAAAACAUCAAACCUCUUUUAGGAGUUUUAGAAACUGGCACACGCUCGCAAUCAAUCGACUUUUAAAUGAAAGCGUCUGAUCGUGACCUGACUCUCGACGACGUCAGAAUGGUGGCUCAAAAGGUGCGAAAGGUGUAAACAAACCCGCCGGACAUCUUCAUCCCGCACCCGAAUGGCCUCAGCUCACGGAAGGCAACCUGGGAGGGAGAGGAAGCGAGGAGAGAGCUAGAAACUAGGGCGCUGUUAUCUGGCCCCAUUUCAACAACCACAAGGCACAAGGCACAGAAAGAGAAAGAACGAGGUGUGGACAGGAGAGCGGGAGAGAGGAGAGAUCAUCUCGAGUGGCGUCUAGCUGCACACAACGAGGAUCUAAAGACAAAUAAGACAACCUUUGACUGUCCUACACACCCCAUACGGCUACGCACCCUUCAUCUACACACACACACGUCGAGCAGCAACAUGUUUGAGGAGCAGGUGACCAGGGUGAAGAUCACGUCCGUGGUGAUCUUGGUGGGAAUGUCGUCCAUGCUGGCGGCGGUGGUGACGGACCAUUGGGCGGUGCUCAGCCCCCGGGUGGAGAAGCUGAAUGCGACCUGCGAGGCCGCCCACUUUGGCCUUUGGAGGCUCUGCAAGAAGAGCAUCUUCAUCGUCGAGGAAGACCCCGACGGCAAAGGCUGCGGCCCCAUCAGCCUACCUGGAGCUGAAAACUGUUCCUACUUCAAACACUUCACCUCGGGGGAAGAAGCAGAAGUUUUUGAAGUCAAGACUCAGAAAGAGUACAAUAUCUCAGCAGCAGCCAUCGCCAUCUUCAGCCUGUUCUUCAUGUUCCUGGGCACCCUCUGUGUCGUCCUGUCUUUUGGGAAGGGGCGGGACUACCUGCUGCGGCCCGCUGGGAUGUUUUUUGCCUUCGCAGGUCUUUGCAUCAUCAUUUCCGUCGAAGUCAUACGGCAGUCGGUCAAGCGGAUGAUUGACAGCGAUGAGACCAUCUGGAUCGAAUACUACUACUCCUGGUCCUUUACCUGCGCCUGCGCCUCCUUCUUCCUGCUAAUCCUCAGUGGAGGCGCCCUGCUCCUCAUCUCCAUGCCCCACAUGCCACGUAACCCCUGGGAGACUUGCAUGGACGCGGAGCCCGACACCUUAGAGUAGCCAACUGGAUAGACAAAAAUACAAGUAGCUUUGCACUUUAAUAGAACAGCCUGUACCCUUACUGCGAGCAUUUACACACGUUUCCAACCUUCCAUGUCCUUUUAUUUUAAAUUGUCUAAAAUAUUAUAACUAACUUGGAGAGUUUUGUGACACCGACCACAGGGAAGUUCCAGCUUUCUUCACAGGAGAUAACAGUUACAAGUGGGGAGUUCGAUGAGACUUUAUUGGUGGGUUCAAAAGCCGAGGAAUGAUUCAUCAUUAGUCAUCCGUCAAGCGGCCCCUUUUUUACAACAAGAAUUCACGAAACUCGCAGUAUCAUUUUUAUAAAGUCCAGAUGUCAUUUUUUGCGUUGACGCUUGUCAUGUAAUAAUGAAACUCAUUUAUUAUUUCUGUGGGGAUGUAAGGAGAAUAUCAACAAAUGUAACUAAAUAUGUUCUGAAAUAAAGUACAUACCAUCGCUU